AUUUAGAAUUUUAUAUAAAGACGAAAGAGACAGAGAAACAAAAGCAGAGGCAAGUGUUUAUCCCUUUUCUUGUCCACUUCCGUUCACUGUAAAAAAUUAUCAUUUUUCCUGUGUCAGGAUUUUCAAGUAUAGAAGUUUUUUGAGACAGCAACAGAGGAGGCCAUGGCAGCUCCAAGGAUAUCUUCUUUAAUCUCCCGCUCUCUUUCUGCUUCUCUGCUCCUUUCUCUAGGAAAAAAUCCUAACAGGGGAAGAAGCAUCUACAGGUUUAGUACUGCUGCAGUAGCUGAGGAACCAAUCACCCCACCUGUUCAAAUAAGCUAUACUCAGCAUUUUAUCAAUGGUCAAUUCGUUGAUGCAGCAUCUGGGAAAACAUUUCCAGCGUAUGAUCCUCGUACAGGACAAGUAAUUGCUCAAGUAGCUGAAGGUGAUGCUGAAGAUAUAAACCGAGCAGUAGCUGCUGCUAGAAAAGCAUUUGAUGAAGGACCAUGGCCAAAGAUGACUGCUUAUGAAAGGUCACGGAUAAUCUUGCGUUUUGCUGAAUUGGUUGAAAAAAACAAUGAUGAGCUUGCGGCUUUAGAGACAUGGAAUAAUGGGAAGCCUUAUGAACAGUCUGCUAAAUCUGAAUUACCACUGCUGUCCCGUCUAUUUCACUAUUAUGCUGGAUGGGCUGACAAGAUUCACGGGCUAACAGUUCCAGCAGAUGGUAAUCACCAUGUUCAAAUAUUGCACGAACCUAUUGGAGUUGCAGGGCAGAUAAUUCCAUGGAACUUUCCUCUUAUCUUGUUUGCUUGGAAAGUUGGUCCUGCAUUAGCUUGCGGUAAUACUAUUGUUCUUAAGACAGCAGAACAGACUCCUCUUACUGCUCUUUAUGCAGCAAAGCUAUUUCAUGAGGCUGGUCUUCCUCCAGGUGUUUUGAAUGUAGUUUCAGGCUAUGGUCCGACUGCUGGGGCAGCCCUUGCCAGCCACAUGGAUGUAGACAAGCUUGCUUUUACAGGAUCAACUGAAACUGGUAAAAUUGUGCUAGAACUGUCUGCAAAAAGUAACCUUAAGCCAGUUACAUUAGAGCUUGGUGGAAAAUCGCCUUUCGUAGUUUGCGAGGAUGCUGACGUCGAUAAGGCUGUGGAGCUUGCACACUUUGCUUUGUUCUUUAAUCAGGGUCAAUGCUGCUGCGCUGGGUCUCGGACAUAUGUACACGAGCGUGUGUAUGAUGAGUUUCUAGAGAAAGCGAAGGCCCGUGCCAUGAGACGUGUAGUUGGUGAUCCUUUCAGAAAGGGUGUUGAACAAGGUCCUCAGAUUGACUCGGAGCAAUUUCAGAAAGUUCUUAGGUAUAUAAAAUCCGGUAUUGAAAGCAAUGCUACCCUUGAAUGUGGAGGCGACAGGUUUGGCCCCAGGGGCUACUUUAUCCAACCCACUGUUUUCUCAAAUGUUCAGGAUGACAUGCUGAUAGCACAGGAUGAGAUCUUUGGCCCAGUGCAAUCAAUCUUGAAGUUCAAGGACCUUGAUGAAGUAAUAAGAAGGGCAAAUACUACACGUUAUGGUUUAGCUGCAGGAGUUUUCACCAAUAACAUUGACACUGCCAACACAUUGUCAAGAGCACUGCGAGCAGGAACAGUGUGGGUUAACUGCUUUGAUGUGUUUGAUGCAGCGAUACCUUUUGGUGGUUAUAAGAUGAGUGGUAUAGGCAGGGAGAAGGGUAUCUACAGCCUUAACAACUACUUGCAAGUUAAAGCAGUUGUUACUCCAUUAAAGAAUCCGGCAUGGCUGUAAGCUACUAAGUUCUUUUUAAAUCAUGGUCCAGUCUCAUCUACCUUUCUGUUUUCUAGCAAGUACAGCUUCAAUGUUCAGUUUCAAGAAAGAGAGAAGGAAUUUGCAGGUCAAAACAUACUUGUUUAUAUCUCUGGACUUCUCAAGGCUUGCAAUUUGCAUUGUAAAAAAAAUUAGUGAUGCGUGGUGUUUCUAUCUGGUAUCUGUUAGUGAAGUCUUUCUUGAUUGGAAA